AUGCUAGUACUUUAUUCGUAUAGUUAUUUUAUCGAUGGCUCUUCUGGAACUGCUAUGGGGAACUUAUCACUUUCAGAACCAAUUACAUACGUAUCUGAUAUACCAACAACAUAUGUUGAAACAGUUACAACAAAAUCAAUAAUAACAACAACAACAUUGAUAGCAAAUGAUGCUGUAUCGGCUAAAGAUUUAUUAGAAGAUAUCGAUAGGUCUUCAUGCGGUAAUGUCAUCCGCAUAGAGACAUCAUCUGUCGACAAUUCUACCACGUCAUUAACUCUAGCUAUUCAGGAAACAAUGGAAUCACUUCGUGAUGCGGUUAAUCUUGUUAGUGAUGAUUAUGCAAUAUUCAAUAAUGAUGAACAGAAUUAG